AUGGGAAAUGGCAUCUCUGGCAGUCUAGGAGGUGGUCAUGGCAACAUGGGGAUUUCGCUGUCGCUGCUUCCAGAGAACGAGAAGUUUUUUGGGCUGGAGAACUUUGGCAACACGUGCUACUGCAACUCGAUCCUUCAAGUGCUCUACUUUUGCCUCCCGUUCCGAACGCACUUGCUCACACAUGUCCAGCACAAUGGCCUCGCGAAGAAGAAGCUCGACGUCAAGGACAAGUCGUUGCUCGAUUGCAUGGCCGAGCUGUUUCACAAGAUCUCGAUGCAGAAGAAGGCCGUGGGGUACGUCACGCCCAAGACGUUUGUGACCAGGCUGCAGCGCGACAACGAAAUGUUCCGUGGGCCCAUGCACCAAGACGCCCACGAGUUUCUCAACUACGUGCUCAACGCCAUGUGUGAUCAAGUGGAGAGUGAGCUGAAGGCUGCCGCAGGACUGUCGUCGCCACAGUCGUCGGUGCCGCCGUCGCCCACAUCUCCAUCUUCAGCUUCGCCGUCUCCGUACAAGACGUGGGUGCAUGAGAUUUUCGAGGGCAUCCUCACCAACGAAACGAAAUGCCUCGGGUGCGGCACCAUCACAUGUCGUGACGAAUCGUUCCUGGACCUGAGCGUCGAGAUCGACCCCCACACGUCGCUCACCUCGUGCCUCAAAAAGUUUGGAGCUACCGAGACGUUGGCCGGCAACGACAAGUUCUUUUGCGACACCUGCGAUGGCCUUCAGAAUGCCCAGAAGCGCAUGCAUGUAAAGCGCAUUCCGCAUGUGCUGGCGGUGCAUCUCAAGCGGUUCAAGUACAUGGAGGAGACCCAGUCGUUUGAGAAACUGUUCCAUCGCAUCUUGUUUCCGGCCGAGUUGAAGCUGCCCAGUGUACUCACGGAAGCGGCGUCGCUGGACUCGUCGAAACGGUACCAGUUGUUUGGGGUGGUGAUUCACAUUGGCAACGGCACCGACCACGGGCACUACGUGAGCAUGAUCCGAUGUCAAGACACGUGGGUGUGCUUUGACGACGAAUCUGUGCAGAUGGUGGACGAUGACAUGUUAGAGCAUUGUGUUGGCCGCGGAAACACUGAAGAUAGGACCAAUACUGCCACGGGGUACUUGCUGUUCUACCACUUGAUAGAGUAACUAUAGAGUAGUUCGUUCCCCCUUCUUGACAUGACGAUAAUAUUUAUCACGCACAC